GCCGGUGCCGUCUCCGGAGCAGGAGGAGGAGCAGCAGGACCAGCAGCAGCGGGAGGAGGCGGGGAGGAGGUCGGUGCCCUCCCGGGCGGGGGGUCCCGCUUUCCCCGGGGGCUUUCCGGAGCCCGGGAUCGCGCGGGACGAGGACGACGACGACGAGGAGGAGGAGGAAGCGGCGGCAGCCUGCGGGGCCGGAGCCCGGACACAAUGCACCAGCCGCCCGAGGCCGCCGCUGCAGACAUGAGCGCUAGGAAGAUGGCGCACCCGGCACUGUUGCCUAGAAGGGGCAGCGCCGCCGCCUCCUCCUCCUCCUCCUCCUCCUCCUCCUCCUCCUCCUCUGCUCUCACUGCUGCUGCAACGGCUGCAGCGGCUGCAGCGGGGCCCGGCGGCUGCUGCAGCGGCCCUCCGCCCGAGGACCCCCCGGCCGCCCCGGGACCCCAGCCGCCCCCGCACACCCUCCAUCUGCUCCCCCAGGCGCAGCAGCUGCAGCAGCAGUUGCAGCAGCAGCUGCACCAACAGCAGUUGCAGCUGCAGCAGCAGCAGCAGCAGCCGCCGGUCCCGGCCGGGGCGCAGAUGAAGAAGAAGAGCGGCUUCCAGAUCACCAGCGUGACCCCGGCCCAGAUCUCGGCCAGCAUCAGCUCCAACAACAGCAUCGCCGAGGACACGGAGAGCUACGACGACCUGGACGAGUCCCACACGGAGGACCUCUCCUCCUCCGAGAUCCUGGACGUGUCGCUGUCCCGGGCCACGGACCUGGGGGAGCCGGAGCGGAGCUCCUCCGAGGAGACGCUGAAUAACUUCCAGGAGGCCGAGACGCCGGGGGCCGUGUCCCCCAACCAGCCGCCCCUGCCGGCCCACCACCUGCCGCCCCACCCGCAGCCCGCCGUGGUCAUCAACGGCGGCGUGCACCCUCACCACCUUCACCCUCUCCACCACGGCCACCCUCUCCACCACGGCCACCCCCUCCACCACGGCCACCACCACCACGCGGCCCACGCCGCACCGGGCCCGGCGGCCAGGAGGUCGUCCGCGGCCGGGAGCUCGGAGGCCGGGGCCCCCGCCGCCCCGUCCGCCGGCCCCCCGGCGUCGGCGACGGCCGGCGUCCGCCCCGCGGUCAAUCCCGGGGCCGGCGCGGCCAACGCCGUCAACGUGACCGCCCUGCCGGCCGGGAGCGUCCCCCCGGGCCCCGGAGCCCUUCCCGGGAAUUCGGGCGUCGUCCCCGGGGCCGUCGGCGCCGGGCCCGGAGCAGGCGGCGUAAACGCCGGCGUCUCGACCGGGGUGGGCAACGGCGUCAACCCGGCCAACGUCGUGAACAGCGUGACGACUAAUCCGGCUCCGGGCCCGGCUGCGGGAUCCGUUUCGACCCAGCAGCAGCAGCAGCAACCGGCCGCCGGCACGUCGAGGUUCCGAGUGGUGAAGCUGGAUUCCAGUUUCGAACCGUUCAAAAAGGGGCGGUGGACUUGCACCGAGUUCUACGAGAAAGAAACCCCUGCCGCGGCCCCCGAGGGAGGGGCCGUCAACAGAGCGGUGGAGACGCUGAGGCAGAACCCGCCGGAGGCCAGUCCGGAGAGGGAGAGCACCAGCGGGGGUUCGGUGAGCAGCAGCGUCAGCACGCUCAGCCACUACACCGAGAGCGUGGGGAGCGGCGAGAUGGGCGUCCCCGCCGGGCUCCCCGGGCCGGGGCUUCAGGGGGCUCCCCCGCAGCAGGCGGACUCGGGCGGCGGGCCGCAGGGCCUCCCGGCGGCCGGGAUACCUCAGAGCCUCUCGCAGGUGCCCGUCGCCUCGCUCCAAGAAGCCGGCGGCUACCCUCAGCCGAAGCCCGGGCUCCAGCCGCCGACCCAGGCCGGGGUCCCCCCGGCCGCCCAGCCGCCGGCCGUCGGUCUGGUGGGCGUGCCCCCGCCCCUGGGCCCCCUGCCCCCCGUUUCCGGCCUGGCCGGCCCGCAGCCGGCCUUCCCGCCCGCGGCCCCUCCCGGGCAGGCCCUGCCGGGGGCACCGCCGCAGCAGCAGUUGCCGUACGGACAGCAGCAGCAGCAACCGCAGCAGCAGGGCGUCCUUUCCCAAGUGGCGCUGGGCCACGUCCAGGCGGGCCCCCAGAACCCCCUCCCGGGGACCCUGCCGGAUUACGUGCUGCAGCAGCAGAUUCUGCAAGCGUCGGUGGCCCCCAUGCAGCCGACCCCCCCGGGGGCGGCCAUGCCCGUCGCUCCCGCCCAGGGCCUCCAGCCGCCCAUCCAGCCCCUGGGAGGGCCACCCCCGCCCGUCGGGCACCCUCAGCCGACGGUGCCCAUCGUAGCCGCCGCCGGUCAGGUGGCCAACGUUGGUGCGGCCGUGCCGCCCGGGGGGCCGCAGCCGCCGACCGGAACCCAGGGCCCGCCCCCGGGGAUGCAGCCGAGCGCGCCUCCUUCCGCGCAGAUCGUCCCGCCCUCUCAGACCGGCCUUCUCCAACAGGGGGUCCCGGCCGGCGCCUCCGGCCUCCCUCAGCACGUGGUCCUGGGCCCCCAGGGCGCCCUGUUGGCCGUCCAGCCCCAGGCGCAGGGUGUCGACUCGCUGGCCCAAGGAAUGACCGGUCAGCCGUUGGCCGCCGUCAGCCCCCUGCCCCCGGCCGGCGGGCUCCCUCCGGCCAACCAAGUCGGUCCGGGUUUGCCUCCCGCCGCCCUGGGCCCGGGUCCGCCUCCGAACGUGGCGCAGACCCUGGCCCUACCGAACGGGAGUUUGGUUCCGGGGGUCGGUCAACCUCCCUUGAUAGCAACGACUAUAAACGUGCCAGGGGCGCCACAGGCCCCGCUCGGUUCGACUCAGUUCUCGGCCCCAGCCUUAACUCAGCCCGUCGGAAGCCAACCGGAAGAGGCCAGGCGGCCGGCGGAGCCCGCGCCGGUCGGCCUGCCCCAGACCGCCGGCGGAGACGGCGGAGGACCGGCGGCCGUCCUGGACGGGAGCGGCAGCGGCCUGGCGGCCUCCGCGGCCCUCUUCCCGUUGAAGGUAUUGCCGUUGGCGACGCCCCUGGUCGACGGCGAGGACGAGAGUGCUUCUCUCCUACCAGAGGUGCAAGGAGUCAUCCUAGAACCACAGAUUCAGCCAAGACUUCGGAGAGCUUUUGACGUCAGGGCUUCACUUUCUCUACUGAACCAUUGGAGGCAGAAUAUCCAGCUUCUGGAGAGAGUGGGAAAGAAUAAUAAACAAACCAGACGUCUUUCAACCGGCAAACCUCGCCUCCCUUCAGCGAAAGGAAUAGAGCCUUCGUGGACGGUGCGCCUACCUCGUGCCAUCAUCUGCAGUUGAGGAACACACUAGUUGUGAAUGGACCAACUUUAAGGAUCUCUGGAAGACCUGAAAAUCUUGGCCCUGAAAACCUUGAGACUUGUUCUCUGGCUUUAGACAGUCAUCCGAUCAAUCGGCCAGUACGGUUGCGGGAAACAGAAGAGACCAGAGUGAAAAGACCAGGUUGGAAUAUUGCAUACCUGAGCAGGAGAAUAUUCCCCUGUCCAAUCAGAAGACUGAACUGAAAGAUCUCUCUGUACUAACCCACAAGGUGGAUUGUGGGGGAAAAGUGGAGUAGGUGGGCACAAACGGUUGGCUCUAGGGAUGACCGUAAACCAUACGGCCUGUGAAACAGCAUAGGAAAAGCAAUACCCAUAACUGGGAUGAUGCAUUCAUAGGGAAAGCUGCUGGGAGACUGAUAUUCUCACUCUGCCAUUAUAUGAAAGGAACUUGAAAGGUGAAGGGACAAAAAAAACCAACCCAAAAAACACCCAAAAAGCUACCUCCUUUAAUGCCCCAAUUGUACUACUUGAUAUGGAGAAUUGUCAAGCCCAGAGAACCUAAGAAAUUUCUAGACUGGGACACUCUUCCUAUCACAUUCCACAAAUCUGGAAUGAAAAGGAGAGGUUCUGCUUUGUGGUUGUACUGUUACCGUGACUCGGUCCCUCUCUUAAAGUAGUACGUGUCGCGUUCAGUGUGACGUUGCGCUGGACUGAUUGGGGAGCGAAAGAGAUGGAACAGCUUUUUUAUAGCGGUGUACUUUUCAGAAAACAGCAUUUUUACAAACCGCGAUGGAAGCAGCCAAUCAUGAGCUACUUGGAGCCCAGAGAUCAUUAGAGGGAUUAUUGAUUGAUUGGCCUUGCUGUGAUUCUUUGGCAUCAGGGAACUAGUCAAACUAAUUUCAGUGAAGUGGAAAAAGAGUGUUAAACCAGUUAGGUCACUUGACCCCUAAGUUAAUUUAAAUUGCUUUUUAACAGUUUAAAAGUUAUAAUGAUUAACAGGAACUAUUUGCAUAUGACCCUGUUGUGAAGGUGAUUUGAGCUUUUAUAGCAUUUUUAGCUUUUCAGACCAUCCUAGAUUGCCAAAACAGUUUUCUUUUAAUUCAGCAUAAUUGAACCUUUUGCUCAUUAAAUAUAAACUGCUAAAAUGUUUCUGGAAAGUUUGAAGGAGCCUUUCUUUUAGUAGGAAAUUAUCAAAGAUAGAAUUAUAAAUGUUUAAAGGCAUUCCCAGCUGAGGUGAGAAUUAAAAUUUGUAGGAGUUUUAAGUACUCCUAAACCAUUAUUUCAUUCCAUAGUUUUUAUGGCUAAAUGCUAAUGGAUUCAGAAAAGUUUCAGGAGAUCAAACUUCAAAACAAUUGGAGCUUUACAAAUACACUUUAGAGAAUUAAAUUGGUUGACCUUCUUGAAUCAUGACCCAAAUCAUGGUUUAUGAAUUUUUAGGACUCCUCGGCUUUUAUCCAGCUUUUAAAGAUGAAAAGCAAUUUAAUUACUUGAUUAAGUAUCAGUAGCUUUGUGCUACAAAAUAUGCAAGAGAAACUUUGUUGAAAAUGUUCAGAGUCUACAAAAUCUAUCUUUUAAAAACAAAAUUCAUUGCAUUUUCAUGUGAAUGGAUUGAAAUUUAUGCACACUGAAUUUUUCUACCAUUUUAAAAAAAAACACAUUUAUUGGGUGCUAACUGGAUGCAGUUGAUUGUAUACAGUAAAAUAACUUUUCAGUGUUUCUUUUGUAUGGCUAUUAAAACAAAUAACCUUUU